UCUACAGCGUUCUAGAGAACAAAAAAUUACGCUUGCGACAAGAUCGCGUAGUUGAAGGCAACUGUCGCCAAAAAGUAUUGGAAAAUUCGUCCAAAAUCGAAGACGAAUAUUUCAUCGCACCACCGGGCAAUAUAUCAAGGAAAAAAUGAAUCGUGUACAAAACUUGGAGACUAUUGUGAAAUCUCUUGGUGGAGGUUUUAUCAACCUCAUUGAUCGGGGUUUUGUUUAUGGUUCUCAGGGUAAAUUGCUUCGUCGCAAUAUCGAAUCCUUGUGGUUCGAUCAUUGCGUUACUCAACCACCGUACAAUGUUUUUCUCACAUCUUCAGAGAAAUUUUCAGACACUUUGGCAACUUUGUACAAAACAACUAUUAAUUCUCUGCCUUUUGGAUUAGCUUUUAUCGAGCCUACAAAAUCCUUAUGGAAUUGUCAUUUAAAUUCACCUAGUUUCGAAUCAUUCAGUCACGAUACAGCUCGUAUUACGGUCCUGACUGAUGAAGUUAAUGGCAAAGACAUGUACCACAGAAAGCAAAGAGAGCGCAAAGUAUGGUGGCGAAAAUAUUCCAGAAAUCCAUCAAGAUUUGGAAUUGCAGAAGCCAAAAAAAUUGGCAAGAGUCGCGAAACUAUUGAAAUUAUUGCUAAUUUUUCUUUUGGCCAUAUUGUUGUUGAGACCAUAACAUAUCAACAGGAUGCUAGAAAAGUUCUUGCUCAGAGCAAGGAGCAAAAAUAUGGUAGUUCAAUGGUUCAUGUAGUUGAACAUAUCGCUUCCUUGGAUUGGGGCUGUCUCGCUAUGCUUUGCGAUGGAUAUGAAGUUGAUGAUGAUAAUGUUGGCAUUCUAAAAAUUCAUCCAAAGUUAUCACCCUACAAAGCUGGCUUUUAUCUUGAGCAUGAUGAAAGCACAGAGGAUCGAAAAUUUCAAGAAAAAUCACGACUUAUUGUUUAUCUGAAUAAUUUAUUGAAGUCGAAGGGUCUCGGAACGGUGCUUACUAGAACGAAACGAGGGAUCGAAGAUUUUCAUGUCCCACUAACGAUAAAUGUAGAUGAUUCGAGUUUAGAGACUGGAAUUGUUAGAGUUAGAAGUCAAUUGACUACAAUUUCAGAAGCUGUACAUGUAACUGAUUUGCCAAAAUACAUAGCAGCGCGUUGUGCUUGAAAAUAAAGUAAAUAAAAUAUUCAUUCAA